CAAUACGUGGUGCGGAGUGGAAUCCCACGCCCAUCACGCUACGGCACGUCCUGACGCAAACUCGCGUCGCCGCUCCCGCAGCCCAAUGGAAGGAGGCUGAGUGUGCGAGCAAAUCCGGAGGAAGAUGGCGGCGCCCGUACUGAAAGUGUCCACCCCUCGGUGGGAAAGAAUAGCCCGGCUUCUGGUUUGUAUCUUGGGCAUCCUCGUAUCAUUCUACGCCUACCAUGUAGAAACGGAAAAGGAGAGGGAUACGGGCUAUCGGGCCAUGUGCGACGUGAGCGACUCGGUCAGCUGCUCCAAAGUGUUCACCUCCAGAUGGGGUCGAGGAUUUGGGGUGCUGGGCUCCAUCUUUGGUAAAGCCAGUGCAAUGAACCAGCCAAACAGUGUCUAUGGGCUUGCAUUUUAUGUGUUUCAAAUGUUACUGGGCUUGACAGUGAGUGCAAUGGCAGCCCUUAUCUUAAUGACCACCUCCAUUGUGUCAGUCCUGGGCUCCUUGUAUCUGGGAUACAUACUGUACUUUGUCCUGAAGAACUUCUGCAUUCUCUGCGUCACCACAUACGUGCUGAACGUCAUUCUCUUCAUGCUCAACUACAAGCGACUGGUUUACUUGAACGAAGCCUGGAAGCAGCAGCUCAGCGUGAAGCAGGAGUAAAUAUGACCUCUGCACUUUGACUUGCCACGUGGAGAACUUGCUUCUCUUAUGUUUAUUCUGCAGUACAAAAAUCAAUACAAAUCAGAGGGGAUUCGAGAAAUAGAAUUACAAAGGAAGAUAUCAAAGUUAAUUCUUUCUUUCUUUCUUUUUUUUUUUUUUUUUUUAACCCCAACGGACUGUCCUUUCUUUCCAAUGGGUUAUGAGCAGAGGAUCUGAGCUCAGGACCGACAAGCUUUAACUGUACUUUGCAUUGGACUCUGAGGAAAGCCCAAGCUUUCAAAAUUGAACUUUUAAACCGUUUACUUGAAAAAGAUACAAAAACCGGUUCCUGUUUUCCUGAGCUGUACUUACAAGAAAAUAAUUAUGAAAAAAAAGCAUGAUUGCAAAGUUCCUGUACAGUUCACAAAUUCCAAAUACAGAGUUAAGAACUUUCUAUGUUUACAAUAUGUUUUAAAAAGGACCACUAAUAAUUAGUAGGAGCUAACAGGUGGCUUAUUAGUUUAGAUCUGUCUGUUUUUCAGACAAGUUGGUAUCCUUAUGCAUUGUGUAAAUAGCUGCUCUUAAGUGUUUUAGAAGGUAGGAGGUCUUUAUGUUUUAGUGUUUUCCAGAGUCUAAAACUGGACUGCACUGUUCCUAAUCUGGCAGAAUUGUAAAAGCUGUAUUCCCAACUGUGUUAACGUGUUCCCUUCAGUCACCCAUGGAAAAAAAAAAUCUGUGCUGGGUGGACCUGGUAAAAAACAAAAAAACUUGCCUUUGUGAAGCCACAGGGUCAAAUGGGACCCAUGUGCGGCCACUUUAAAAGGAGUGAGUUCUUUUAAAAAGUGAUGUUAAAAUAGACACCUUUUUAAAGAUGAUUAAUGCUUUCUUGAAACAGCAAUAAGAUAAACGAUAGCUAUUUAAUAAGCCUAACACCAGUAAUAGCCAUCUAACUUUAAAAUCUUGGGUCUAGGAUAUUCAGAAUAGGGUUUGGAGCUUCUAAGAAGCCAGGUGAAUUAUAGUAGCAUUUUGGCAAUUUCUAGCGGCUGAUCAGUUGUAGGACGGUGGUGUACUGUAGAACCUUGUGUUUUUUUUUUUUUAAGAUUGUUGAUAAAAUGUGUAUGAUAAAGGACCAAGUUGGACAAUUGUUCUGGCAAUUAAAUGAUGUUAUUGUUAUUGUGCUAACCCUCUGGAGCCUAAGCCUGUGGACGCCUGUCUAAGUAGAUUCUCCUAGUAAAUCCUACACCCUUUUCUAUGAUUGCAAUGCUGUGCCUGUUGAUGAUAAUCACUUAUCAGCAACGUCACACGCUCAAUCACAAUAAUCAUCCAAGUUAAGUCAAGUAGAUAUUUUGGCUAAUGCCUCGAACAAGGGUGAUUCACUACAAAAUGAGGCCUAAGAUUCGACAACAGGUGUUUUAUGAAUGGACAUGAUGGGUUAUAACAAAAGACCUAGGAUGGGGAAUGAAUGCAUACUGUCUGCUGCACUUCAGUACUGCAUAUCUUCAAAUAACAGCCAUGGUAUCCAGGAGCUGUUAAGGUUUUAAUUUAUUACAUGUUUGAACUUUUAAAACGAAACUUAAAGAAAUCGCUAGAAAGUUUAAACGUUGCCCUGUUUGGAAUGUUUUUAAUCAGUCUGGUUCUAGGAAAUAAACAAUAACAGCUCUUGAAAGAGUUGGUGUUUAAGAAGCAGGUAGAUGUGACCGCAGCAUGUAUUCGUUUGUCACUGUUGUCAAAAUCAGAAGACAAGCUAUACGUGAUCAAGAUAACUUGAUUGUUUUGGGGCAUUUUAAGUUAAAUAUUUAAACAUAGUUUUAAUUAUUAUUAUUUUUUACAGCUACAAGGAUAUUGGUGCCAUAAUUAAUAUUCAGUCCUAUGGUAAGGCGUCUAAUAUUUCUCAUGGCUGUUUUUAACUGGUUAAACGGUUUAGCAAAAUUUCAAUUGUAUAACACUUAGCUAAUGAGGGAGUUGUGCAAAACUUUCUGAGAGAACAAACAGACUGCUUCAGUUUGCUUGAAGCAAUACAAUAAGUUAUUUUUUUUUUUCUUUCUUUCAAACUUGACUAAUUCCUAUACAUUCUGUAGAGCUGUGCUGCAUAUGGGGGUCUGUUUUCACACCAUCCCUCUAGUCUAAACCACAAGCCGUUGGUGCCAUUAAUAUAGAACCUCUAUCUGACAAUUAAAGAGAGCUGGUGGCAGCUACGGCCUGAAUACCAUAUAGCAAAGAAACAAGCACUUGUUUAGCCAAGAUGGUUAUGGUCUGGUAACCCAGGCUUUGUCUUGCCUCCUUUGUGUCGUCGUUUGUUUUUCAGACUUGAUUUUGGGGGGGAACCCCACAUAUACCCUCCCCUCAAGUUUGAUGGAAGUAGUGCUCUCCCUAUUCUCUUCCCAUCUGACCCCACAUAGUCUCCUUCGUGCAUCCUGGAGCGUGUGUGCAAGGCUUGGGGGAAGCCCUGUUGCCUCUUCCAUAACAAGAGAACAGAGCGGUGCAGCAGGAAAAAGUUGGCUUCACCCAGGUGAAAAUAAAAGGUGGAAAACCAUGGACCUGUGAGAGAGCUCUGUGUUGUUAAAGCAUUAUUACACCCGUUCCCAUUGCAGCCCAAGGUAGAAACUGCAUUCUAAUCAUGUCUGGGUUAUUAAUCUCUUGUCUGCAGUACCAGCAACCGGUUUUCAGAAACUGGCUUGUGUCUAUUGUAUGCUGUUCAUGAACAAUCAUGAAUCAAUUCCUAUAGCAUUUAACCCCAGUAAUGCCUGACACCAGUUCUAUAUUCUUAUUAUUACUAUUGUUAGGGUGUCAGUGUUGUGUCAGCGUAUUGUUGUAUGUUUUGUACAUUCAAAUUGUCCAAUUGGAUCAUCCCGGCAGAAAAGUGGACCAAUAAAUUCAGCCCAGGGCACAGCUCGUGUUAAAUGUCUGUAUCUUAUACUACAUCGUCAACGUUUUUAUUGAAAGAAAACAAAAACCUGUUAAUCAAGCCCUAGAACGUAAACCUGACUAUUAAAUGUGACUACGAAAGUGCCUUCUGUUGAGCACUAGGCCUUCAAUAGGCCAGUCCUCCAUUUUAUUAAACAAUAAAACGCAACUGGUUAUUUCUUGAAUAGGUCUGAAGUUGCGAUGUGAAGUAAACAGCCUGCAGAUCUCCUGUCUUGCUGUUGUAACAGUUAAAGGUUUGGCAUCUUGUGUAGUCUUUGUAUACAGAAUGUUGUUUUUUUCUUUCAAUAAGGACAUUUUCUGAAUUAUUACUGGUAUGCCUUUAUUUUAAAUAUCCUAACUUAUUUUUUUUGGGGUGUUUUUGCACGCUCUGAAAACCAAGUUUUUACACUGAUUUGUGUUUUAUUUAUACAGUAUGUUUUUUUUUUUUUUUUUUGUUUUUUUGUGUUUUGUUUCCAGAAGCUUUUAUUUUGUCCAUACGAUAAUAUAUUUGAAGUAUUAUGCCCUUUUUUUUGUGCAGAGAAUGUUGACACUACUUGGAAUGUGGCGCAUGAAAAUGAAUAUCCAUAAAAAAUUGAGGUUUGGGGCAGAAAAUGACAAUACCCAGAGUCCUUUGGGAGAACUGCCUUUUAAAAGGUUGUUUCUGUAUUAUUUGCCAAAUAGAAGUCCGACAAAUAACUAUGCUGUAUUCCUAUAUAAAAGUGUUACAUGAAGGUAGAACAACUAUGGAUUCAGCUGUUAGAUCCUGUAUAUGAGCAGUGUUGAGGGUGAUAAUAGCACCACAGAGCAUUUGAAGCAUGUCUUUCAUUGUCAUUGUGCACAGUGGAACAGCUAGCAUUAAAACAUUCAGUUUUAGCUGAGAAUGUGUAGUCCUUCUGUAAGUCUGCUGUUUGUCUUCUUAGUCCUGUCAGUGUAGAGUGCUGUUGAAGCUUGUCCAGUCCUGUAGAGAAUGCCAUAGAGACACUGUGUAAGUUCAUAAAGACACGGGUGACCUCAGCCAUUUCUUCCUGAGCUUUGAAGAACCACUUUUGAGAAUUGUACUUUACGCACAUUCCUGUGACCCUGUUCACUGUCCUUGUCUCCGCAAGAUUAAACAAAAUUAAAAAAUCGCCUGAAUUAUGUUUGUAGAUGAGUUGCCAAAUUCUUUAAAUGUGAUUCUUUAGUUGAAUUUCAUGUAACUGGUCCCUAAUUUGGUCUCCGUAUACUAAAUCUUGAAUUGUACACGGUUUAUUAUCACUAUGCUAGCUUGUGAAUCUGGAAUUGCUUUUUAUUUUGGGGGGGGGGGGGUUAUGGGGUGGUGAAGCUCUGGGGGAUCCUUGUUUGGGUUGAAGGUGCCUCGUGUGUGUGUGUGUGUGUGUGUUUUUAUUUUAUUAUUGCUUAGUGAUGUUAUGUGAAUGCUGUAAAUCCUGUAUUUAUUUUAAGUGUCUAUGUAGUGGGCUGGGAGAGAAGUCUCAGUGAUGAUCUGUAACGUUCAGUGUGCUGUGCUCCAGUGUCAUACUCCUGCUAGUCUGGGCAUGUAAGCAAAAAAUAAAUAAAACAACCAGCCUUGUCUUCAGGCUGUCUUUCAUUUGGGAGGUAAAAUACUGACCUGAAAUACGAAUCAAGAGUUACCAGGAGGUAAGGAACUAAGGAGUUUCUAAAACUGUGGAGCGAACACCCCUUUCUUGCUUCUUCCAUCAUUGCAAAGCUGUACGCACUGCAAUUAGUCCUGGCUCAUUAAUGAACUGGGAGACUGCACCUGGUGCUUUCCUGCCGAAAUAAAAAAUAGCAGUGUUUUCGUCAGGCUUUAUUUAAAUGCAAUAUGACAAAACAUUAGGGGAAGCCCCACGGCCAAUUAAUGGCUCAAGACAUGUGGAUAUGAAAAAAUCGAAACGGUUGUCUAUUCUAUUUAAAAAGAGGCUGUUCGGUAUACAAAGCAUGAUCUGACUAGAGUGUGUGUUUGUGAGAUAUUAGCACAGCUUGUAGCCCAGGAGUACAUAAGGUACUGAGGAUGAAAGCACCCCACCCCCCGUCACAGGCAACAUUUCAAUAUGAUUUUGCUCAAUGGCAAAAACAAAACAUGUAAAUAUGUAUGAAUGUGUAUUCGUUGCACAUAACUUUUUGGUAUUAAAUAAAUGUAGAAAUUA